AUGGUGCUGCAGCAGAGUAGUGCCGCCGGCGGCGCAGGCAUGUUCCCAGGCGUGGCGGCGUGCCGGCCAGGCCCGAGGCCGGCCGCCACGGCGCCGAUGAUGGCGAAGCAGGAGCGGGAGGCUGAUGAUGAGCACGAGGAGGAGCAGCGGCAGGCGGCUAACGCGGAGGAACUCCGGCGCGGGCCGUGGACGGUGGACGAGGACCUCACGCUCAUCAACUACAUCGCCGACCACGGCGAGGGCCGCUGGAACGCGCUCGCGCGCGCCGCCGGGCUGAAGCGGACGGGGAAGAGCUGCCGCCUGCGGUGGCUCAACUACCUGCGGCCGGACUUGAAGCGCGGCGACUUCACCGCCGACGAGCAGCUCCUCAUCCUCGACCUCCACUCCCGCUGGGGCAACCGGUGGUCCAAGAUCGCGGCGCACCUGCCAGGUCGGACGGACAACGAGAUCAAGAACUACUGGCGGACGCGGGUGCAGAAGCACGCCAAGCAGCUCAACUGCGACGUCAACAGCAAGCGCUUCAAGGACGCCAUGCGCUUCCUCUGGAUGCCGCGCCUCGCCGAGCGCGCCGCCGCCCAGCACCAGCACCACCGCCAGCCGUCGCCGUCGUUGACCCCCUGCAUCAUGGGCAUGCCCACGGCGGCACCGUCCUCCUCUUCCGGGCUCAUGAUGCUGGACACCACCGUCAGCAACAGCAACAGCAACAGCAGCAGCUGCUCCCCCAGCAGCGCCGUCACCAGCAGCUCCUCCUGCAGCAACCUCACAUCCGAGUCCGCGCAUGACGACGGCGCCCGGCACGCCGCCGCCGCAGCGGAGCCCAUUUUGACGGCGCCGGCCGACGACGACUACUGGGGCGCCGCGACGACGAUGCAGCAGCAGCAGAACGACCACUACGACUUCUGGUCCACGGCGUCCGCGCUGCAGCACCUCUGCACCGCCGGCGCCGCCGACCACCACUUCCAGCACCAGGUUGCCGCCGACCACGACCUCACCGGCUGGGUGCAGGGCUUCUCCGACGGCGGCAUCUUGUCCGGCUCCUCGUCGGACAACCUGUGGAGCCUCGAUGACAUCUGGAGGAUGCAGUGA